AUGGCUGCAACACGCAAAUUGGGGCCUAUUGACCAAGAGGGCGUCCGCCGGUAUAAACGCAUUAGAUCUUGCGAUCAGGUUGAGAAUCCCUUAGUCAAGUGCGUCUUGAAUCAGCAUAUCGCCAUUAUUCCCGAAUUUGCCCUUGAAUGCGGUACGACACUAUUCAAUGUUCCCGUCGCCUACCAAACGUACGGAACAUUGACACCCGGCCGCAACAACGCGAUCCUCGUCUGUCAUGCUUUCACGGGAAGUGCCGAUUUAGAAUCCUGGUGGAAUCCGCUUGUGGGCGGCGGCGGCGUAGCGCUUGACACAAGCCGGUUUUUUGUCAUAUGUAUCAAUUGCUUGGGCAGCCCAUACGGCUCAGCAAGUCCGGUGACUGCAGUCGAUGGCGACCGCAACAAAGGCUGCUACGGGCCGGGUUUUCCAGCUACGACGAUUAGGGAUGAUGUGAAGCUAUUCAAAUUGUUGUUAGACGACCUUGGAGUCCGACAAAUCGCCGCUGUUAUCGGUGGAAGUAUGGGUGGCAUGCAUGCCCUAGAAUUUGCUUACUUUGGCAAGAAGUACGUACGCACGAUUGUCUCAAUCGCGUCUUGUGCGCACUCGUCGGCUUGGUGCUUAGGGUGGAACGAGGCACAGAGACAAAGCAUUUUCUCGGACUCGAAAUACGACGAUGGUUACUACGACUUUGACGACCCUCCAGUAUGCGGGCUUGGGGCAGCACGGAUGAGCGCAAUGUUAACAUACCGCUCCUGGAGCAGCUUCGAAGAUCGAUUUAGCAGACAACAGAACAACGGCAGACAUGCGAAUGGUAAUAUCGACCACAAGCAGCGCGUACAGCAUGCGAAUCUUCGCACUCCACGAUCGAAUCAGAUUGUGUCACGUACCCGAGUCCAUCGGAAUGGUAACCACGAUAGUCGAGAAUACGAGUCGAGCGAAAGUACAAAACCAGACACAGUCUAUGCAGCGCAAUCCUAUUUACGCCACCAGGGCGAAAAGUUCGUAAAGCGCUUCGAUGCAAACUGCUACAUUGCCAUUACUCGCAAAAUCGACACCCACGAUGUCGCACGCGAUCGCGCCAGCACGACCAAAUUGGCAUUGGAAAUGAUCCAGCAACCGACAUUGGUUCUCGGAAUCCCCAACGAUGGCCUGUUUACGUACCGAGAACAGCGCGAAUUAGUAGCUGCAAUCCCGAACGCCCAAUUCCAAACGAUCAGCAGCAACGAUGGCCAUGACGGCUUCUUGUUAGAGCAUCAACAGAUCAACAAGUUCCUGAACGAAUUCUUCGAACGCGAACUAGGGGAAAUCGCCUCCCACUCAUCAUGA